GGCGGCGGCGGCGGCUGCGGCAGCCGCGGGCCGGGCGUGAGCGGGGCGGUGCGGUGCGGGGGCGGACGAGGCGGUACCGCCAGGUUGCGGCAUGGAUUACCCGGAGCCCGGCUCGCCGCAGGGCACCUGGGACCUGCCCGGCGAAGGUACCGGCUACUACGAGCGACCUACACACGGAGAGGAGGAAGAGGCGGCGAACCAAGGCUUGCAGCAUCCCAUCGCCCGCCCCUCUCGCCUACCCCAGCAGCGCUCCGCGCCGCUGCUCCGCGCCACGCUUUCCACGUCCUCCUCCGAGGGGGAACCGGAGGCGGUCGCUCUGCUGCGGGAACCCAGCUUGAGCGACGAGGCCGCCGGCGGCGGUAGCGGUGACUUCGACUCGGCCGAAUCCGGCGCCUCGCUGCGCUACUCCACGGGCACGGGCGGCGAGGGCAGCGAGGGUGAGGGAGCGGGGCUGGCGAGCAGCGAGAGCGGCGGCAGCGGCUUCUCGCUGGCGGAGAGGAGGCGACCGGGCGGCGGCCGGCCCCGCUAUGAAGUGGUGCGGGAGCUGGGAGCCGAGGAGGUGCGCUGGUUUUACCGAGAAGACAGGAAAACCUGGAAGCCCUUUAUCGGUUACGACUCGUUACGGAUCGAGUUGGCCUACCGCGCCCUCGGAGAGCAGCGGGAAGGCGAGGCGGCGGCGGUGGAGCCGGUGUGCGUGCGGAGCGGGCUCUACGAGGUGGACGUGGUCAACGCGGAAAGCUACCCCGUCUACUGGAACCAAACAGAAAAGAUCCCUGUAAUGCGUGGACAGUGGUUUAUUGAUGGUACCUGGCAACCUCUGGAAGAAGAGGAAAGCAACUUAAUAGAACAGGAGCAUCUCAACCGCUUCAAAGGCCAGCAACUGCAGGAGAGCUUUGAUAUGGAAGUAUCAAAACCUGUUGAUGGGAAGGAGGCUAUUCAUAGUCUGAAGUUGAGUCGCAACCAUGUGGACUGGCACAGUGUGGAUGAAGUGUAUCUUUACAGUGAUGCAACCACAUCUAAAAUUGCAAGAACUGUUACACAGAAGUUGGGGUUUUCCAAAGCUUCAAGUAGUGGGACAAGGCUACAUAGAGGCUAUGUAGAAGAAGCUACGUUAGAGGACAAGCCACCACAAACUAGUCACAUUGUGUUUGUGGUGCAUGGUAUUGGGCAGAAAAUGGACCAAGGAAGGAUCAUCAAAAAUACAGCUAUGAUGCGAGAUACCGCACGAAAAAUAGAAGAAAAAUAUUUUUCCAAUCUUGCAACGCAUGUUGAAUUUCUCCCAGUUGAAUGGAGGUCAAAACUCACCCUUGAUGGAGACACUGUGGACUCCAUUACCCCAGAUAAAGUCCGAGGUUUAAGGGAUAUGCUGAACAGCAGCGCGAUGGAUAUCAUGUAUUAUACAAGUCCUCUUUACAGAGAUGAACUGGUGAAAGGGCUGCAGCAGGAGCUGAACCGGCUGUACACGCUCUUCUGCUCCCGGAAUCCUGAGUUCGAGGAGAAAGGAGGGAAAGUCUCCAUUGUGUCCCACUCCUUGGGCUGCGUCAUCACCUACGACAUCAUGACUGGUUGGAACCCAGUCAGGCUUUAUGAACAGUUGCUGCAGAAGGAAGAGGAGGAGCUUGAAGACCGUUGGAUGAGCUAUGAGGAGCAACGUUUGCUUGAAGAGCUUUAUGUAACUAAACAACGGUUGAGAGAAAUUGAAGAGAGGUUAUAUGGGUUAAAGGCAUCCACCAUAUCAAAACCACCUGUCUUAAAAUUUAAGGUUGAGAAUUUCUUCUGCAUGGGAUCUCCGCUAGCAGUGUUUUUGGCACUGCGCGGCAUCCGUCCGGGGAACAGUGGCAGUCAAGACCACAUUCUGCCCAGGACAAUUUGUAACCGCUUGCUGAAUAUUUUUCAUCCAACAGAUCCAGUGGCCUAUAGGUUAGAACCUUUAAUUCUGAAACACUACAGCAACAUUUCGCCUGUCCAGAUCCACUGGUACAACACUGCAAACCCUCUACCUUACGAGCAUAUGAAGCCAAGUUUCCUCAACCCAACAAAAGAAACUACCUCAGUUACAGAGAGCGAGAGCGUUUCGGCUGUACCAAGCCCAACUACUUCUCCAGUCAUGGUUCGACGGCACUAUGGGGAGUCUAUAACAAACAUAGGCAAAGCAAGUAUAUUAGGAGCUGCGAGCAUCGGGAAGGGCCUCGGUGGGAUGCUUUUCUCCAGGUUUGGAAGGUCUAGCACAACCACCCCACAGACACUGGAGACAGGAAAAGAUGGAGCUGAGGGAGAUGACAAAAAGGCCACAGCUGCUGGGUCACCGCCUUUACCACACAGCAGCUCGGGGUUUCUUGAACCCACAGUGGAACUGGAGCACAGGAUUGAUUUUGAGCUCAGGGAAGGUCUUGUGGAGAGCAGAUACUGGUCUGCCGUCACAUCGCACACUGCCUACUGGUCAUCUCUAGACAUCGCGCUUUUCCUCCUCACCUUCAUGUACAAACAGGACCAAGAAGAGCCUGACAAAUCCAAUUUGGACUUGAGCUGAAUUGUUGGCUGGGGCUGGGGAAGAAGGUUUUAAAGCAAAUGGCACAAACCCAGAUGGUUUACUGUUGAACUGCAGUAAUGUAUGGCAUGGAGGUUUCAGGUUUAAGUGCAUGUUUGGGUGUGGGGUUUUUUUCCUAUUUCUGAAAAGCAGAACUGAAUUUGUAUUUUGAAGCACUUUAUAGUUUUAAACAUUACUUUUU